AUGGGCGCCGGAGGGGCCUGUGCAGGGGCUGUGACUGGUGCAGGAAGUAUGUUUGCUAUCAGAAACCUCAUGCCGGUUCUUGCUUAUGUUUAUAUGCAUAAUAAAGGUGCACGGCACGUCGCUGCAGAAUCUAGGCUGAGGGAGAAAGAAUUAUCUAAGAAGCACGAAAUUAACAAGAGACUGGCUCUCUCUUCAGAUGCUUCCCAUUCAAAUUCUGGCAAUCCGCGCACCGGUGUUAAGCCUACCAGUAUCAAAGAAAAACCAUUAAUUGAGGAGACCCGGAGGGCAAUUCUGGAAGCACAGUCAAGCAGAUUCAAUGAUUUCAAAGGCAAGAAGGUAUCUCAUGAUUCGAAAUGGACAACAACUACUUCAUCCUUUGACUCCAGUGUUGCUCCUUCUGAUGUUCCCAUGGAACUAUCCACUGGAAAUACUGGAUUGCGAGAAUGGAACUGUAAAGGAGAAUCUUUUGCUGGAAAUCAGACUCAAGACAAGUUGUUUUCUGAUAGGCAAACAGAAGUCCGAAAACGCCAGGAGCAAGAACUUCGGUUCACUGCUUCAGGCUGGAAACGGGAUGGCCAUGGAAGAUGGUACCGAGAUGAAAAUGUUGAAUUUGACUCAGAUGAAGAUGAUCCUAACGUCUGUCUCUCCUGA